CAUUAGAAAAUUAGAAAUAGGUUUCUGAUUUCUUCUCCCUAUUUUCUUUCUCGGUGCUCUCUCUCUCAUCGCUCUCUGCCGCUAUCACUCUCUCUCUCGGCCUCUCUCUGCCGUUUCCAGGUCGCCGCUGCUCCCGGCUCCUCCGGUAGCCCUCGCGGCGCCGCCACCCUCGCCUAGCCUUCCCCGUCGCCUCGCCCCGCCUCCUUCGACCUCGGCGCCUCCGUCAGCAGUUUCCAACGCCAAAGUUCCCAACAGUAGUUAUGGUGGGGCUCUCUCCAGGGGAGCAAACAUUCAUUCUCGUCCACCAUUGACACGCCCCUCUCCACACAACCAAAAGAAGAUACCGAGAAUUUAAAGAGAAAUAUCACCAGCAGUAAAUUCCUAUAUUUAAUCAUUAUUCUAAAUUUGUUUAUACAGAUACUCCCUGUAGAUUCAUCUUCCCCAGUUGGAGGGGAAGUUGCCGAACCAGAAUCACAUCUUCUAUUGAAUGAAGUAGAGAAGUUGAAUCCUUUGGAGUUUACUUCUAUUCCUUGGUCUCUGGAGCUGAUUAUAAUUCCAAAUCUGAUGGAACGGCGUCGUUUCGUUCUCUUUCUAGCUGCCCUCUCAUGCUUUGUCGGAUUUUACGAAGCGAGCCCCGGUGACGCUGAUCCAGUGUACAGGGCUUGUGUUUUGCAAUGCGAGAAGACUGGAUGUGUGGGGGAAAAGUGCUUUCAACACUGUAAUUUUUCCUCUGAUGGAAACCCCAUUGAUGGUCCAUGGUAUCUGCAGGAGCCACUUUACAUUCAGUGGAAGCAAUGGGACUGCCGCAGUGACUGUCGUUACCACUGCAUGCUCUCUAGAGAAGAAGAAAGACAUGAACUUGGCUACAAGCCUGUAAAGUACCAUGGCAAGUGGCCAUUCAGGCGUAUUUAUGGGAUCCAGGAACCUGUUUCUGUUGCUUUCUCUGCUCUUAAUCUUGCGGUACAGUUUCAUGGAUGGGUAUCAUUCUACAUCCUUGUAAACUACAAACUGCCCUUUAGACCGAACAAGAAGACAUAUUAUGAAUACACAGGCCUCUGGAACAUAUAUGCAAUCUUCGCAAUGAAUGCGUGGCUUUGGAGUGCAGUUUUCCACAGUCGAGAUGUUGAUUUGACUGAGAAGCUGGACUACUCAUCUGCAGUGGCAUUACUUGGAUGUUCUCUUAUGCUGGCUAUAAUACGAGCUUUCAAUGUGAGGCUUGAGGCUGCAAGAGUCAUGGUUGCAGCUCCCCUAAUAGCAUUUGUGACAACUCAUAUCUUGUAUUUGAACUUCUAUGAACUCGACUAUGGAUUGAACAUGAAAGUUUGCGUGGCGAUGGGUGUCGUACAGAUAGCUAUCUGGGCAGUCUGGGGCGGUGUCUCUGGCCACCCUUCUCGUUGGAAGCUGUGGGUGGUUGUACUCGGAGGUGCUCUUGCCAUGCUCUUGGAGAUUUAUGAUUUCCCUCCGUACUUGGGACUUGUUGACGCUCAUGCCCUUUGGCACGCAACCACAAUUCCGCUCACAUACUUAUGGUGGAGUUUCGUAAGAGACGAUGCAGAGCAUAGAACCUCGGUUCUCCUCAAGAAGACCAAGUAGUAAUUCUAUUGACCUGUUUGUGACGCUUCUCCUUGAUGUGCCGUUGUAUGUUAUUUGUUUUUUCUCACAGUUGAUGCAUUUCCCUGAAGUGCUACUAAUUGUGGGUUUCUUUGGCUUUGGUUAUCUGAAAAUAUUGAGUUGGGAUACUUGUGAUAAGGUUAAUCUUUUCUGACCACCAAAAA